GUUUUUUUCUUUCUUUUUUUAAUUACUUAUACAGAAAUACAUAAUUUUUUGAUUAUGUCUGAUAGUAAGCAACAAGAGGGUGGUAGCGCCGCUACCGCUCCUUCCACAGGAGGUGCUCCAAGCAACGCUCCGGCCGCAACUUCUGCUGAAAAGAUUGUAGAAAGCGUUUCCAGUGAACAAGGAAAUUCAAUUGCUAGCAAGUCUGUAGAACCAUCAACUGGCUCUACCGAAGAACCUGCAAGCAAUGCCGGUGUCCCAGCUUCCCAGCAACACCCAAAUCAACAACCGCACGGUUACAACAACAACUACAAUGCCAACAAUGCAGGUGGUAAGGGAUUCAACAAGCAAUACAACGGAAGACAUAACAACAAUAACAACUAUGGCAACAACAAUAACAAUACUACCGGAGGUAAUAGACAAAACUAUAACAGAAAGUCAGGUUACAACAACCAGAAGGUUAAUCACAAUGCCAACCAACAGUACGGCUACCCUCAACCAUACGCUCAAAAUAUGUACUCUUACGGUUACUAUGGAAACCCAUAUGGUUACAUGGUUCCAGCACCAGGUCCUUAUAACCAAGCUCAAGCCGCUCUUCAAAACCCUCAAGCUCAAGUACAAACUCCAUUUUCACCAGUGGCUGGUAACAAGGUUAAAAUUACUGACAGAGAAGGCAAGGAAAUUGACUUAGAAGACAAGAAAAAGCUUUCUAGUUCUAGUACUCCAAUUUCAUCCCCUGCCAACACCAUUGCAUCUCCUGCUACUUCUACUCCACCAGCAACUGCCACCAUUUCUGCUCCAGCUGCUGUCGCUAGCGCCACCCCAGCUGCUGUAUCUAACACACAAGCAACUAACGCAUCUGCCCCAGCUGUGACUGAAGCAUCAUCUUCUACUCCAGCUGCCGUUGCUCCAGCUGCCACCGGAAAGUUAUCUAUUGCUGAAGAGUUCAAGAGAAAGAUUUUAGAGAAGGCUGCCAAGGCUGCUCAAAAGAAACCUGAAGUGAAGGAAGAACCAAAGGAAGUGAAAACUGAAGCUUCUAAGGAGGUUGCUCAAGAAGAACCAACUCCAGUCCCAGCUCCAGCUCAAGCUCCAGCUCCAAAGGUUGAAGAACCAAAGGAAGAAGUUAAGGCUGUCGAAGAACCAACUCCUAAGGUUGAAGAAGAGCCAACAGAAGUCGCCACUGAAACUGAAAAGGAAUCUACUGAUGCCCCUGUAUCUGAAAACGUUGUUGAAGAAGAACCAUCAAAGGUCGCCGCUACCGAAGAAUCUACCGUAGACGCUGAAGCUCAACCUGAAGCCAAGGAUGUCGAAAACCCCGAACAGUCAGCUCCAGAACAAACUGAACAAACUGAACAAGGUGAAACUAAGGAAGUUGAAGGUGAAGAAUCUACUCAAGGUGAAGAACCUGUAGAAGAAGAACCAAGCUUCACUCUUUCCAACUUCUUUGAAAGAGUUAGCAACGCUACUCCACUUGAGGACCCACUCAGUGUAUCCUACCCAGAACCAUUACAAGCACCUGAUGCUAAGUGGAAGCAUGACCAAAUUAAGUAUAGAUACGAUCCUGUUUUCUUGAUGCAAUUCCGUGACGUUUGUCAAGUUGCUGUGGAUCUGGAAUGGAAGACUAAGUUAGAAAGCUUGGGUAUCACCGGAAACAAAAGACAAGGCUCAUCACAAUCAUCUAGAGGUGGUAUGGGUAAGUUCGGUAACAACAACUCUAUGGGUGGUAGAUUCAACAGUGGUCCUCUUGCUAGAGGUCAAUUCAACGAUGGAAGACAAAACUCCAGAAAUGGUUCCAAGAGAAGAGGUGGAAGCAGUGGAGGUCCAAGAGACAAGUCUACUAGAAAGAACCAAUCUAAGAGAGGAGGAAGAGAAAGAGAAUCCAAGAGUGACGAGCCAUCAAAGCCAUUGGAGGAUGUUAAGCCAUUGGUUGUUUCUGAAAAUAGAUGGGUUCCAAGAUCUAGAGCUACUAAGACUGAAGUUAAGACUGCACCAGAUGGUUCCGAAUUACUUGAAACCGAAGAUAUAGAAAGAAAGGUUAAGUCCUUGUUGAAUAAGUUAACCUUGGAAAUGUUCGAACAAAUUACUGACGACAUUAUGAAGAUUGCCAACCAAUCCAAGUGGGAAGAAGAUGCCAAGACUGUGAGACAAAUAAUAUCAUUGACUUUCGCUAAGGCCUGUGAUGAACCAUACUGGUCUUCUAUGUAUGCUCAAUUCUGUGCCAAGAUGUGUAAGGAAAUGACUGAUGAAAUCAAGGAUGUUAACAUUAUUGUUAAGGGUGGUGAAAUUGCCAAGGGUGGUGAUUUAGCAAGAAGAAUCUUAUUGGCUACCUGUCAAGUCGAAUACGAAAAGGGUUGGACCGAUAAGUUACCUACCAAUGAAGAUGGUUCACCAUUAGAACCAGAAAUGAUGUCUGAUGAAUACUAUAUUAUGGCUGCUGCCAAGAGAAGAGGUCUUGGUCUUGUUAAGUUUAUUGGUCACUUGUACAUUUUGAAUAUGUUGAACGAUCAAGUCAUUUUGCUUUGUUUGAGAGAUCAAUCUGGUAACACCGAUGAUCCUUCUGAAGACCGUUUAGAAAACUUGACCCAAUUAAUUAAGACUGUCGGUGCUAGAUUGGAAACCAAGGACAAGACUAAAGCUGCAUUAAAUUUCGUUUUCGAUAACGUACAAACAAUCUUGGAUAACUGUAAACUUGCAUCAAGAAUUAAGUUUAUGUUGAUGGAUUUGAUAGAUUUGAGAAAUUCCAACUGGGUCUCUGCUAAGAAUGAAGCUGUUCCAAAGACCAUUCAAGAAAUUCACGACGAAGCUGAAAUCAAAAAAUUCGAAGAUGAAAAGGCCGCCGCUGAAAGAAGAAGAAAGAACAAGAUGAGUGACUCUAGAUCCAACUCUUCUAGAGCUGGCUCAAACUGGGGAUCCCUGAACUUGAAGAAGGACAUGAGAGCUCCUCAAAAGGACUCCCGUGGCUUUACUUCUGUCCAAUCAUCAAGAUCUCAAUCCAAUAGACCUAACAUUGUUGAAAGCAGCAUGUCUCCAAGAGACAACUCUAAGAGAGCUGACUCUAUUCAAUCUGCAGCAAACAUGUUUGCUGCUUUAGGUGACGAAGAAGACCAUGAAGAUGAAGCUUCUGAAGAACAAGAAACUCCAGCAGAAGUUGCCCCUGAAGUAGAAAAUUAAAGUAUGCAAGCACACUUGCAGUAGUAUGUAAUAUAGCAUCUUCCUAAACGAAUGAUUUAUAUAGUAUCGGUUCUGUGUUUUAAAGUAAAUUGUUGUUUAAUCUUUAUAUAUUUUUGCAUAUCAAUGCUAUUUAAUGCAAUAUCUAUUUG